ACACUCAAUAAAAAGUGGUUCCACGAGGUUAACAUUUCGGUAACUAUACCUCCUCGCCUAACCAACCAGCCAGCCAGCCAGUCAGCCAACCAACCAACCAACCAACCAACUAACAAACACACACACACGCACACAACGACUAAGGACUAUAGACUAUACACAAAAAUUGUGUGCUGAUGCACAUGCUGUCGCACACGCACUCAAUCCGGUUGCCCGCUAUUUAACUCACUCAUUUUUCGUAUACAAUCGUCGGGCGUACACACAUCAACAUCCGUCCAUCCAUAUUGUAUAUAAUAUUACGGUUCCUCUACUACCACCACUACCAUCAACAACAUCAGCAGCAACAGCAGCAGCUAAUAUGUACUACUGAGACUCGUAUUAUGUGCACAUGGACACACUGCGGUGUAUAGACGUAGAGAGACAGACAGACAAGCUACACAUUUUUAUAUUUAACACUGAUACCAACACACUCUCGUGUAGACCCGAAUGUACAGACACACACGAAUACGCGGUACCCGAAAAAAAGUGCAUGGGAGAGGCGCAGCAAACCGAACCGCGCGCGAAUCAAGUGCUUUGGCCAGUCGCGUUCCCAAUCACUCUACGACUAGGUAGUCUCGGUGUCCAAAGACUGCUGGUGUGUCAUCAUCUCUCAUCGUCCACGACAUUACACCCUGAAAGUUGUUAAAUUGAUAACCACCGUGCCACAAACGUUAUCAAUAUCGAGGAUUAUUAUUAUUGCUCCAAUUACGCGAGUCUCAAUAAUACAAUUUUUGUGAUUAUUAGACUGUUUGCCAAAAUUUUAUCGAAUAGUCUAGUUUUUUUCCUAUAUAAUAAGCAUGUUAAUAUUAUUAUUAUUAUUAUAUUAAAUAUUAUUAUUAUUAUUUUUAUUAAUUAUUGUAAUUGAGCAAGACUUGGUGAGGAGAACUUUGUGGUGAUAAAAAAUAAUUUAACAAAUCGUACGUGUUAUCAAGAGGAAACCGCGUGCAUAAGUUUUUUUAUCGUCAAAGGUGUCGGACUGUCGGAGACGAUAUAUAUAUAUAUAUAUAUCUAUAUACUGUAUGUAUGUUUAUUGAACACGAGGACUGAUUUAACAACGUGAGUGGUGAUCUAUUGUGCAGACAAGACUGAUUAUCGUGACAAGACUGUGACAUUAACCUAGACCAAAUCGUAAAAAAGUGAAAAAAAAAAAGAAAAAAAAAUUGUUGAUAUAAAAAAAAAAAAAAAAAUAAUAUCUUAAUGAAUGCAAAAUACGGAGCAAGUGAUACUUUAAUUGCCAUGGACGCAGAUCUAAAUGUAAGUGAUUUGAUACUACUGGACGUUAUAAUCCCGAGGAACUUUGUGUCGGCUUAGAGAGCAGAGAGGAAAACGGAGGAGAAGAGGAGCCAGCACGCGACGAGGACGAAGGUGACGGCGACGACGAAUUAGAGAAAGAAGAAGACUGAGACAACGGCGGACCUUAGUGGCGGAGGAGGAACAUCAAGAGGAUACGUCCAACGUCCAUCCAGAAGAUAGUAAAAUAUAAUAAUAAAAUAAUAUUAUUUUUAAAAAUAAUAUUACAAAGCACACGAGAUAGAACAGAGCACACACACCACCCCACACACAUUCACACACAGCGCCAACCGCAUAGACAAAAAAAGUAUAACUAAGUCGUCCUUACAACACCGCUCGCCGAUUCGCAAGGACACCGCAGGAAUACUUUUCUUUACAACGACGAUCAAGGUGAACAAAAAUAACGAUGGUAGAUACGCAACAUUUUUGCCUGCGAUGGAAUAAUUACCAGAGCAGUAUAACGUCGGCGUUUGAAAAUUUACGCGACGAUGAGGACUUUGUAGACGUCACAUUGGCCUGCGAUGGCAAGAGUCUCAAAGCUCAUCGCGUUGUGCUCUCAGCAUGCAGCCCUUACUUCCGUGAAUUGCUCAAGAGUACACCGUGCAAACAUCCGGUGAUAGUACUUCAGGACGUGGCAUUUAGUGAUUUACACGCAUUAGUUGAGUUCAUUUAUCACGGGGAAGUUAAUGUACAUCAGCGAUCUCUCAGUAGUUUCCUCAAGACUGCUGAGGUUUUGAGGGUGUCGGGUCUUACACAACAAGCCGAUUCAACUGAACGAGAUGAGUUAUCACAAGUGCGUGCAUUAGCAGCACGCACAAAUCAUGUACCACCCCAUGAUAAGUUGUCGGACGAGGGUUUCCCACGUGGUGGUUCUCCACCAACUCCACACACCCCGACACCAACAACAGUACAGCAGUUGUUGCGACGCGCACAAAUACGUAGGAACGAGAGGCGUACACCUGAUGAGCAUGAUGACUCUAUAAAGCGUUCCCGAGUACCUUCACCACCGCUCAACAACAACGACGCGACGCCCACGGAUUUUUCAAUGGUAAAGAACCAUUUGUCAGCGAAAGUCGAGGGCAAUGGUUUGCAUGACGAAAACAGCCGCAUAGAGGACAACAUUAAGUGCGAGCCCCUGGAAUUGACCGGAGGAAACGGCGGUACCGGUGGCCACAACGAGGACUCUUCAGACUCCGGAGCCGCGGCCUCUGACCGGCCACCAGCUUCUGCGAGUAGUAAUGAACAUGACCACGAACCGGAACAUCCUUCAACGCCAAACUAUUUACCCGAUAGCAAAUUGUUCACAUCUACGCCUGGAAGUUUUAAUUUCAGUAUGGCUGCUCUUACUACCGAUCACAAUCCGCUAUCAGUUAAAUUUUCAGGGUUAAGCCAUGGAUUACAGACGCCGGAUUUAGCUGGGACUUCACAAGACCGGGAGGUUACCGGGGAGGACGGGGGCUGGCAGUCCGCCACGGCAACGUGCGAAAGCCAAGGGGAUGAUGAUGAUCGUGAUAAUAAUGAUGAUGAUGAUGAAAUGAAGCCCGCGAGCCGAGCGCCGGUGAGUACUUAUCGAGGCGUGCAGACGGCCACCGAAUUGCCAAUUAUCGAACUACUUGACGACAUUGACGCACAAAUGGCAUUUAAAACGGAGUCUGUGUCACCUAAGAUUCGCCAUGAGACUCAGACGCUCGUCAACUCGCCCUCGUACUUAUUGGACAAAAUAGAUAACAACCUGGCGCACAAGGACUCUUCUUGUUCAUCGCCGCUAUCCGCAGUCAUAAAUCCGUGCCAUUUUCACCAGGAUUACGCCUUUAAUAUUGACAGUAUUCCUUGUGAGACAUUGAUGGAAGAAGGAUCUGUCAGUUCGCCAAAGCUAAAAGAUUUUAGUGCGAUGAUGACUGGUAGUCGCAAGAGUGACAAUGAAAUGAAAAUUUCACAUCGCGCUGGUACCAGCAGUGGAAUCGCUCCGAGUGGAAGCGGAAGUACCAGUGCAGGUGCUUACUGUACAUUUUGCCGUAAAAUGUUCUCGAGAACUUGGUCAUUGCAAAGACAUCUUGCAGACACCCAUUUUUAUGUACCACAGUCACUUACUUGUGACCAAUGUGGCAGAAAUUACAAGUCGAGAAACAGUCUCAUUAGUCAUAAAAGCCAGUAUCAUGCACGUAAAGAACGUGAAACUACUUAUUAAUAAUAAUAAUAAUAAUAAUUUUUAAA